CUACUCCCAUGUGAUAAACAAGAGUGAGCAUGGACUACACAACGAAGUGGAGUAUCUUACCGACCGCCCCAAGUCUCAAGAAUUUGACAGAGCCAGGUUUUGGUCAACCAAAGACGCAACAACAUGCUGCCGUUCAAGAUCUAACCAAAGCCCACAUCGAGUCGUUUGACCAGGCAGUCACGGAUGGAUUGUGUCGCGCUGUGCAGGCUAUUCCUCCACUGGAGUUUACGUACAAAAAUGACAGGAUCAGUCUUGCAUUUAUUGAGGCCAUUAUCUACAAGCCAGCGGUUGCCAAAGGAAGCAUCUGCAGAGACCUGAACGUGUUCCCAGCAGAAUGCAGGGGCAGACGCUGUUCCUACAGGGGUAAACUGGUGGCAGAUGUCAGCUGGUCUGUCAAUGGGAUUCCUAAAGGUAUUAUAAAACAGUCUCUGGGCCAAGUGCCCAUAAUGGUGAAGUCCAAGCUGUGUAACCUACAUGGGCUGUCCCCCAAAGAGCUCAUUGAGCACCACGAAGAGGCUGAGGAAAUGGGGGGCUAUUUCAUAGUGAAUGGCAUUGAGAAGGUUAUCCGUAUGCUAAUUAUGCCGAGGAGAAACUACCCCAUAGCCAUGUCAAGACCAAAGUGGAAGAGCAGAGGCCAGGGAUACACUCAGUAUGGUAUCUCAAUGCAUUGUGUAAAGGAGGAGCACACUGCCAUCAACAUGAACCUGCAUUAUCUGGAUAACGGCACUGUAAUGCUGAACUUCAUCUACCAGAAAGAGCUUUUCUUCCUGCCUUUGGGCUUUGCACUGAAGGCGCUCGUGAAUUUUACAGACUUUCAGAUCUACCAGGAGUUGAUCAAGGGUCGAGAAGACAACUCCUUCUACAAGAGCUGUGUGUCAGAGAUGCUGCGUCUGGUCAUGGAGGAGGGUUGUACCACCCAGGUGAAGGUCCUCAACUAUCUUGGCGAGAGAUUCCGGGUCAAGAUGAACCUUCCAGAGUGGAACACCCACGAGCAGUGUGCAAACUUCCUGCUAGAUCAAUGCAUCUGCAUCCACCUGAAGUCCGAUGUGGAGAAGUUCUACAUGCUGUGUCUGAUGACCAGGAAGCUGUUCACAUUUGCCAAGCAGGAGUGCAUGGAGGAGAACCCUGACAGCCUCAUGUGUCAUGAGGUUCUCACGCCUGGACGGCUUUACCUCAUGUUCAUGAAGGAGAAGUUGGCUUCCUGGCUGGUUUCUGUAAAGCUGUCCAUGGAAAAGAGAGCACACAGGCUGACUGGAAUGGUGAGCUCUGACCACCUGAUCAAGAUGUUCAACCAGGGCACUGAUCUCACUAAGGCAUUCGAGUACCUUCUGGCCACAGGGAAUCUCACAUCAAAAACAGGUCUGGGUAUGCUCCAGGACACAGGCUUGUCGGUGGUGGCCGACAAGCUCAACUUCAUCCGUUACCUGUCUCAUUUCCGCUGCGUGCACAGAGGUGCAGCCUUCGCCAAGAUGAGGACCACUUCUGUGCGUCGGCUGCUGCCUGAGUCCUGGGGCUUCAUGUGUCCUGUCCACACCCCUGACGGGGAGCCCUGCGGCCUCAUGAACCACAUGACGGCACACUGUGAGAUUGUGGCCCAAUCCUACCUUACCACUACCCUGCCAGCCCUGCUCUGCUCCCUGGGUGUGACGCCUGUGGAUGGGUCGCCGGGCCAGGCCUUCUCUGACUGCUACCCCGUGGUCCUGGAUGGAACCAUGGUGGGCUGGGUUGAGAGCGAGUUGGCGCCCAUCUUGGCAGACUCUCUCCGCAGAUUUAAGGUCUUGAAAGAGAAGAAGAUCCCACCCUGGACGGAGAUUGUGUUGGUUCCUAAGACGGGCAAGGCCAGCAUGUACCCUGGCCUCUUCCUCUUCACCACACCCUGCCGCAUGGUGCGCCCAGUCAGAAACCUGGCGCUGGGCAAGCAGGAGCUGAUUGGCACCUUUGAACAGCUGUACAUCAACGUGGGCGUCAGUGAGGAUGAGAUACAGCCAGGCGUGACAACCCACCAGGAGCUCUUCCCCCACAGUAUGCUGAGUGUGGUCGCCAACUUCAUCCCUUACUCAGACCACAACCAGAGUCCCAGGAACAUGUACCAGUGUCAGAUGGGUAAGCAGACCAUGGGCUUCCCCCUCCAUUCAUUCCAGGAUCGUUCUGACAACAAGCUGUAUCGCCUGCAGACCCCCCAGAGCCCUCUGGUCAGGCCCUUAAUGUAUGAUCACUACAACAUGGACAACUACCCCAUUGGCACCAACGCCAUUGUGGCUGUCAUCUCUUACACUGGCUAUGACAUGGAGGAUGCUAUGAUCCUGAACAAGUCUUCGUGGGAAAGAGGUUUUGCAUAUGGCAGUGUGUACAAGACUGAGCUUGUGGACCUGGCUGAGAAGAUGAAGGGGGAAAACAACCUGGUCUUUGGUGUUAAACCUGGAGACCUAAAGGUGAUGGAUAAACUGGACGAUGAUGGCCUCCCUCCCAUUGGGGCAUUACUACAUUAUGGAGACCCCUUCUACAGCUACGUCAACCUAAACACCGGCCAGGGCUUUGUCAACUUCUACAAGAGUCAAGAGAGCUGUAUUGUAGACAACAUCAAGGUCUGCAGCAACGACUCGGGCUCAGGGCGCUUCAAGCGUGUCUGCAUAACUGUGCGGGUGCCACGUAACCCCACCAUCGGCGACAAGUUUGCCAGCCGCCACGGUCAGAAGGGCAUCCUGAGCCGCCUGUGGCCCGCCGAGGAUAUGCCCUUCACAGAGAGCGGCAUGACCCCUGACAUCCUGUUCAACCCCCACGGCUUCCCCUCCCGUAUGACCAUCGGCAUGCUCAUCGAGAGCAUGGCCGGCAAGUCCGGCGCCCUCCACGGCCUGGCCCACGACGCCACGCCCUUCACCUUCUCUGAGGAGCACUCGGCACUGGAGCACUUUGGGGACAUGCUGCGAGCAGCCGGCUACAACCACUACGGCACAGAGCGCCUUUACAGCGGCCUGAGCGGUCUGGAGCUGGAGGCAGACAUCUUCAUUGGCGUGGUCUACUACCAGAGACUACGUCACAUGGUGUCCGACAAGUUCCAGGUGCGGACCACGGGGGCAAGAGACAAGGUGACCAACCAGCCGGUGGGAGGGAGAAACAUCCAGGGGGGCAUUCGCUUCGGGGAGAUGGAGCGCGACGCUCUGCUGGCCCACGGGACCUCCUUCCUGCUCCACGACCGCCUUUUCAACUGCUCGGACCGCUCGGUGGCCCAAGUGUGUGUGGACUGCGGCAGCCUGCUGUCGCCCCUGCUGGAGAAGCCCCCACCAUCCUGGUCGGCAACACGCCACCGUAAGACUGUCUGCACCCUGUGUGGCAAGAGCGACUCCAUCGACACUGUGUCUGUGCCUUAUGUCUUCCGGUACUUUGUAGCAGAGUUGGCCGCCAUGAAUAUCAAAGUCAAAUUGGAAGUAAAGUGAUUUUCACCGGUACACACACACAUCUAUGCAUAUCUGUGCCUUUCACAGAAUGCUUAUCUUAUUUUACAAUGUGAGUAGGACUUGUUGGUUAGUAUAAACAUUAGAUUCUGGAAUAAUGUUGCAUCCUCUUAUGGUAUUUUCUCAGCAUAAAAAAAGUCAAAAAAAGUUUGUGCUAUUAC